AUGUGCAGAAGUUGUGAUCUUCUCGUUCAUUAUGGUCACAGCUGCCUUGUGCCUAUCCAGAACACUGAAGGAAUCGCUUUGUUAUACAUUUUCGUUAGUAUAAACAUCAACAUAAGCCACUUUGUUGAUUGCAUUCGUGACAACUUCAAUCCUCCUUGCAAAGUUGGACUAGUCAGCACUAUCCAGUUUGUUUCAUCACUCCAGGCGGCUCGCAAGUCUCUUGAAGAAAGUGGCUUGGAAAUUAUACUACCACAAUGCAAGCCGCUAAGUCCUGGGGAAAUUCUUGGAUGUACAUCUCCGCAACUAGGCGAUAGCUGUGACGCCGUUGUGUAUCUUGGCGAUGGCAGAUUUCAUUUGGAGUCGUUGAUGAUCCAUAAUCCAGCCGUAAAAGCUUAUCAGUAUGAUCCAUAUUCAAGAAAGUUCACUCGAGAACAUUAUGACUUCGAUGUUUUGAUGAAAAAUCGGAAGAAAGCAGUUGACGUGGCACGUAAAUGUACAACAUUUGGUCUUAUUCAGGGAACCCUUGGUCGUCAAGGAAAUAUCAAAAUUGUAGAGGAGCUGGAGCGACGUUUAGAGUCAAAGAAUAAAAAGUUUGUUCGAGUUUUAUUAUCUGAGAUCUUUCCCGACAAGUUGGCGAAAUUCGAGGAAGUCGACUGCUGGGUUCAAGUUGCGUGUCCUCGAUUAUCCAUUGAUUGGGGCGUAGAGUUCCCGAAGCCGCUUUUAUCACCGUUCGAGUUAGCUGUGGCCCUUGAUGAGGAGCUGGAGCGACGUUUAGAGUCAAAGAAUAAGAAGUUUGUUCGAGUUUUAUUAUCUGAAAUCUUUCCCGACAAGUUGGCGAAAUUCGAGGAAGUCGACUGGUGA